AUGUACCUCUUCCCUUUGUUGCUUCCUUCACAUUUGCAGCUUCUGCGGAGAAGCUCACGCUCGCUCUGCUUGCCCCCGCCGGCCCUUCCAUGCUCGCUCCACCUUCAGCGACUACUGGCUUUUCUGUCUACCCCAAUCAAUAUCCCCGCUCUUGCUUCCGAACUGCUCCGUCACCCCGACCCCUCUUCCACCCACAUCUUACUCAACAGCCUUUCCUUCGGAUUCUCAUCAGGCCUGUGCACACUUCCUUCUUCCUCCAUCUUUUGUAAAAAUUUGCAAUCUGCCACCGCUGAUCCCCAGUCCGUCGAUUCCUUGUUAGCAUCUGAAGUUAAGAACGGUUUCGUGAUCGGCCUACGUGACUCUCCCCCAUUCCCUGCAUACCGCAUCAAUCCCAUCGGUAUAGCGGUCCGUAAGUAUUCCGGUAAAAAACGCUUUAUAAUCAACUUGUCAGCCCCCCAUAACUCCCUUGUGCCAAGUCUCAAUAGCCUUAUAACUAGUUCAGACUUCUCCCUACACUACGCCACAAUUGACCACGCCAUUUCUCUCAUCAAAAUCGUAGGUCCGGGUACCUGGCUCGCUAAGGCUGACAUCUCCAGCACCUUUAAAGUUAUGCCUCUUGACCCAGACUUCUAGCACCUCUUCAGAGUUCAUUGGCGGAACAAGUUCUUCUUCGCAGUCUGCCUUACUUUCGGAUGUAGGAGUAGCCCAAAAAUUUUCGAUACCUUAGCCGAAGCUCUCUGCUGGAUCCUCUUGAAUAACUAUAUGCUUCCUUUUCUCGUCCACCUUCUCGACGAUUUCCUUACCAUAGAUUUUCCCCAUGCCCCACCUGCAAGAGCCUCCUCCACACUUAUUUCCGUUUUUAGGAAACUAGGGGUAUGUCCCACCACAGACUAAACAACCGGCCCCUCUCAUAUAAUCCAAUUCCUGGGGAUCACCCUCAAUUCCAUCAAUUUCUCCGCCUCCCUGCCUUGCGACAAGAUCGACAGGAUCCAGACAUAUAUCUUUACCUAUUCUUCCGCCAAAUCUUGCACAAACAGGGAACUUCUCUCUCUGCACAGCCAACUCAAUUAUGCCAUGCGUAUCAUUCCUCAAGGACGGUUGUUCAUCUCCUAUCUUCUCAACCUCGCCUCUUCCGUGCCCUCUCUUUACCACCACGUAAGCCUUUCAGCCGACUGCAAAUCUGAGCUCAGGCUUUAG